GAAUAUAUGCCCGCAGCUGUUCCACACGUCUCUUCCUCUUCCAUCUCGAGUUGUCCUCCACGCUUACUCCGACCCAUGGCCCGCUCCUCGCCAUCGCCGUCCAGCACCAGCAGCCGCCGCCGCCUGUCCGAGCUUCUGGAGCAGCAACAGGAGCCCUUCUCGCUCGACCUCUACCUCCUCGAGAAGGGCUGCUCCCCUGCUCUCCUCGACGCGGCCGCUGGCUGCAGUUACGCCACCCCGACGUGCUGGCCAAGGAGCAGCGGUACCGGCAGGACGCUGUCGCGGCAGGCGGCGAGCAAUAGGACGCGUACGGGCGGCGUUCUCAGGCUCCUCCUCUCCAAGAUUCUCCGCGGUACUGUCGCGGCCAAGAAGAAGAAGCAGCACAACCGGGACGCCAUUGACUGGGGCCGCGUCGACGGCGAGAAGCAGAAGCUGCCGAGCCAUGUCAAGAACGCCGUCUUCCCGUCGUCUCCGUCCCCCCGUGCCGUGGGGGCCGACAUGGAGGAAGACGAGGAGGAGGGAGCCGGCGAAGAGGAGAAGCAGCUGAGCCCUGUAUCAGUGCUGGAGCAGAGCCUGUUCGAGCAGUCGCCACCGGGUCACGCGAAGAAAGCCUUUAUCAUCUUCAGGGAGCUCCUGCAGGCAGCCUACACACCAACACUGCUCGACCUCCUCGCCGACGCCAAAGACAUCAACAGUAACCCCAAAGACUGCCUCUGCAACAACAGCGCCUCAACGACGGCGCCGAAGCCGGUGCCGCCGAGGAACACGCGUGCGCAGUGGGAGGACCUGUUGGAAGAAGAGCUCGCCAGGUUGACCGACCUCAUAGCCUCCGAGGUGGCCGGGGCCUGGCUGCAUCCAGGGGACGUGCGGCCGGAGCGGCGAGACGUCGGCGCCGACAUCGUGGCCACCGUGCUGGAGGCGCUGACGGAGGAGACGGCGGCGGAGCUGAUGGGGAUGGACCGUCGUUGUGCGGUUGACACGGCACGGUGACGGUGCUGGUGCUGAUGAUGUUGACACCCGUUGUUGGUUUCUGGUUGAUGAUUUGUUUAUUUGAUGUGUAUAUUAUAUGGUUGAUGGUGGUAUUUUACUUAUGUAUUUUUUUUAAA